CAGUAAACGUAAAACAUGCGAAACUUAGCUCAUUUUGGCAAUAUUACUUUUCUUGUAUUCAUAUUCUUGAAACCGAGAGAUAGUUUUCUCAAACAAUCUGGUAUCAAUAUCGAUUACCACAGGUUUCUAAAACAGCUGAACAAUUCCGAAAGUGUUUAUUUCGAUCCCAAAUUUCCAGAAAUGGAAUAUCAAACUUUACACGAAAUUGACUAUUUAACUGACUUAAAAUUUGGUCGAUUUCAUCAAUUUUUAAAUUUAUUUAAUGAGAAGGGAAAGAAUUCAGAAGAGCUAUUUGAAAUUCGUCGAGCAAUCGGUGCAGUGGUGAAGUUUUUAAUGAAGGACACAAUCAUAACAAUAUCUGAAUCUAUUAUAACUAAUGAGACUAUCUCAUUCUUACGUUUACGUCGUUAUUGGCAAGUCUUUUACUACUGUAUAACAACAUAUAAUUUCAUGGAAAAUGUGAAUCCGUGCACGAGUGGAUUUCAGAUAAGAACAUAUUAUGAACCUGAACAUAAUGUUCAUGGAUUUUUGCCAUGGAACCCAGACAAAGAUUUACAGUUACUUCCUCUUGGCCAUAAAAUGUUAAUAAUUUUGUAUAACCUAGCAAUGUGCCUGAACUUUUAUGAACAAGUGCCAUUUCUUUGUCCAUAUCUAUGUGUUGGACGAAACGUAGUUGAAGGUGUUAUAAAAACAGUUCCGGGAAAUCCUUGUGAAGAUGUUCCAAAAAGGCGUAAUAACCUUUGUAGGCAAACAAGAAAUUGGGUUGAUACUAUAUAUAACCUAUUCGAAAAAUUAGCUGAUCCAGAAGAUUGGGUAAAUAAUCCGAAAUCAGAUGUAUCUCUUGGUUGGAUUGCUAGUGAAUCUGGUUAUGUGUGCAAUUGUUCUGCAGGAUACGAAUGGAUUCACACAAGAAUGGAUUGUGUACGUAAAGGAUCUCGACGAGACAAAUGUAGUUCAGUUUUAAAUGGUUGCCAUCAACAGAAUACACUUACUUGUUUAUCAAGUAGCGGAAUGGAUGGAUAUAGGUGUAUCUGCAAAGAAGGCUAUACAGGUACAAAGUGUACUCAUCAAAUAGAUGCAUGUGAAAUGAAUAUUUUACGAUACACUCACUUGGAUCCAAAUGCAAAAAGUAGACAAAUGAAAUUAACCAAUGGCAAUCAGCUGUGUAAUGUUAAUGUGAGUGGAAUGAAAACAUCUUCAAAUGGAACAUCAAAAUGUAUACCAUUUAAAGGAACCAAUCAGUAUCGAUGUGAAUGUCAGGGUCCAUUUGUAGAAGAUUCUCAUAUCAACCUACCAAACUGUAUGAAACUCAUUGGAGCCUGUGAUAGAAAACUGUGUAUUCAUGGUAGUUGUAUUACUGCACAACAUUCAAGUGAAGUUGCUGUAUGUGUAUGCAAUCUAGGUUUUGAUGGUCCAUCGUGCACUCAUAAAGUGAGUUGCGAGAAAUAAUUUCUCGAAUAUUCAUUGUUGUUCACUGUACUCACAUAAUGACAGGAAACAAGAGAUCGAAAAAACAAUGGAGGUUAUUCUAUUUCUCGGAUUUUUCACAAUAUUUUACCAAGUGUACAGUUAACAUUAGACUUACAGACAAGUCCAUUCAACGGAAAUAAUAAACUACAAUCAUUGUCAAAGCUAAGUCUCAUAACUCAGGAAACGAAACCUAAGUCAUUCAGUACCUACAGGAAUUAGAAGAAUUAGCACAGAUUACGC